AUGGGUUUGAUUCUGUUUCUCGUCUCUCUGUUUAUUUUGCUCGCAUUUUCUCUCCCACCACAUGUUCGUGGAAACGCGGAGCUUGAAGCUCUGAUGAAGUUGAAGGCCUCUCUGGACCCGGAAGACAGGCUUUUGAAGUCAUGGACCAAAGAAGGGGAUCCUUGUAGUGGCUUGUUCGAAGGCGUGGCGUGCAAUGAGCACCGCAAAGUUGCCAAUAUUUCCUUGCAGGGGAAGGGUCUCUAUGGUGAGGUCUCACCAGCAGUGGCUGAGCUCAAAUGCUUGUCGGGUCUGUAUCUGCACUACAACAACUUAUCAGGAGAGAUUCCCAAAGAUAUUUCAUAUCUCACUGAACUCAAUGAUCUCUAUCUCAACGUCAAUAAUCUCUCUGGGGGCAUACCUUCUGAGAUUGGGGACAUGACUAGUCUUCAAGUUUUACAGCUGUGUUGUAACCAGCUGACGGGAAAUAUACCUACACAGAUGGGAUUUUUAAAGAGGCUAAGUGUUCUUGCUUUGCAGCACAACAAGCUAACUGGUCAAAUUCCUGCAAGCUUGGGGGACUUGGGGAUGCUUAAAAGGCUUGAUUUGAGCUUCAAUAAGUUCUUCGGUACAAUUCCUGCAAAACUAGCUAGUGUUCCGUCUUUGGAACUCCUAGAUAUUCAAAGCAAUUCUUUUUCUGGAGUUGCCCCUCGUGAUUUGAAAAGAUUAAAAGAAGGAUUCCAGUGCAAGAACAACCCACACCUAUGCGGAGAAUUUUCUACAUUGAGAACUUGCACAGCUUUUGAUAUGGACAAGGUGAAUGUCAACGGACUACCACGUGGACCAAACAUAACGGAUUCUCCUCCAAAAGCCAACCCUAAGCCUGCAGAUUUCGAAGCACCUUGCAGCCAAACCCAUUGCACAAAGUCGACCAAACUUCCACAAGCUGCAGUUGUUGCGGGAGUUAUUUCCCUCUCUGUCACUUUGGCAGCGGCAGUAUUUCUGGCCCUUAUCCGUUACAGGCGUCACAAACAAAAGGUUAGCAAUACAUCAGAUCCUUCUGAUGGUCGGCUUAGUACUGAUCAGGCCAAGGAUUUCUAUAGGAAAACUGCGUCUCCACUUGUGAGUCUUGAGUACUCUAAUGGAUGGGAUCCAUUGGCUGAUGGUCGAAAUGGCAUUGCUUUCUCCCAGGAGUAUCUGAGUAAGUAUUGGUUCAACAUGGAAGAUGUAGAGUCUGCAACACAAUACUUCUCUGAGGUGAAUUUAUUGGGGAGGAGCAAGUUCUCUUCUGUUUACAAGGGAGUUCUAAGAGAUGGUUCUCUUGUGGCUGUUAGGAUUAUUAAUGUGACAAGCUGCAAGUCUGAGGAAGCUGAAUUUGUGAAGGGACUAGACUUAUUAUUUUCACUGAGGCAUGAAAAUGUUGUCAAGCUGAAAGGCUUCUGCUGCUCUAGGGGCAGGGGUGAAUGUUUUCUUAUCUAUGAUUUCAUUCCCAUGGGAAACCUCUCUCAGUAUCUUGAUGUAGAAGAUGAAAGGAACCAAGUCCUUGAGUGGUCCAAUAGAGUCUCUAUCAUCAACGGCAUUGCAAAAGGUAUUGGUUAUUUACAUAGCAGUGAAGCAGACAAACCUGCCAUAAUUCACCAAAACAUAUCUGUUGAGAAGGUUCUCAUUGAUCACCAUUUUAACCCAUAUAUUUCGGACCCUGGCCUUCCUAAGCUGCUAGCUGAUGAUGUUGUCUUCUCCACUCUGAAAAUAAGUGCUGCCAUGGGAUACCUAGCUCCUGAAUACAUCACCACUGGUCGUUUCACUGAGAAAAGUGAUGUAUAUGCAUUUGGAGUCAUUGUCCUCCAAGUUAUAUCCGGAAAACUACAACUCAGUAGUUCAAUGCGAUUGGGUGCAGAGUCACGCAAAUACGAAGAAUUUAUCGAUACCAACCUGAAAGGGAAAUUCUCAGAAUCUGAAGCAGCUGCACUGGCAAAAAUCGCGCUUGUAUGCACCCAUGAGCUUCCCAACCACAGGCCAACAAUGGAGGAAGUAAUUCUGGAGCUGAGUAACCUUAGAGCCAGUUCCUGA